AGGUAUAUGCAAUUUAUUGUCUGUCAAUUACUCACAUUUGUUAAAAACAUGUGUCCCUUUAUUAAGUAAAGCAACUCUACGUUCUUUGUGAAUAGAACUAGAGAUGAAUUAUGAGAGGUGAUAAGUGUCUCAGUAAUGCAGGAAGACACAGAGGUAGAGCAAGAGGAAUAGCAAAAACGAGAGAUCUAAACAAGGGGCAAAUUAUUGGCAUGGGAAAAAUUUUGAUACAAUUUUCUGGCCUAAACACUCCUGUGUUUAGAGAAAUAGAAUUAGUUCAACAGCAAAAACUACCUGUAGAUCCUGUAGGAAAGCAAAAACUUAUAGAAUUACGACAAAGUCAAAUCAGACCAAUGCAAGUAAAAUUAUCACCAUUGGAACGUGGUUGGAUGAGCAUCACAAUGGAUGACAGAAAGAUUAGACCACCAGAUUCCAUUUGAGAAGUCCUGAUAUUAUUAGAAUCUUAUAUAACUAAUAUCUUUGUUCUGAAAAUACUUUUAAAAGUUUUGAAACCUGAAUUUUGGAAAACAAAAUGAUAACUUGUAUGACUAGUAAUCUAAAGCACAAGACUAGAAUUAUUUGUAAUAACUGGAAAUGAAAAUGGAUUAACUGAAGUGUUAUCAAAAGUACCUGUAACUAAAGCAUCCUUAAUGAUGACUAAAAAUAGGGCAGGUCAAAGAUUAAUGUAUAUUCCUAGAUAUAAGGAACACACUGUUUUUUCAGUUACAUGAUUUCUUUACACAAUUUUUGGAAGUACAAAAAUAUUUGUAAAGAAAAUGCAUGAAGGAUGGGCUUGUUUGUCAUCGUGCAAUAAAAGCGUGUUGCAAGGCAAUUGGCAUAAAGGAUAUGUAUGCCAAAGUAGAAGGAGUGCACACAUAGUCGACGACGGGAAGAUCUUAUAUGCGCAAGUGGUAUGACGCUGAAUAUGAAAGCGAUUCAGCUCGCCGCAAUACUCAUUGCGGCGAUAUUGUCCGCUGCGGCUGCGAAUAAUAUCAGCGAACAAUGCCAGGUUCACAAUGAGAGGCGGAUUACGUGUAGUUGCAUCGGAAACGAGGAAUUUUUGCUGCCGGAAGAAUAUAAUUACAAGAAUGUUACCAGCAUAUCUCUCACGGGAUGCGUUUCAGCAAAUCUCCAUUACUCGAGUCUACCGGAAGCGAAUGAGCUCGAGGAAAUAAUAGUUCAGAAUAUCAGCGGUCGUCUGGACUUUGAGGUCUUUAUCACGUCAAAUCGGAUGAAGCUGCUGAAACUAUCGAAUAUUGGUCGGAUACCGGUGAUUGCGAGCUACACGUUCGUAAACCUUAUAGCGAUCGAAAGGCUUGAGAUCACGGAUGCAGUCAUCGAAAACUUUGAGGAAGAUUUCACCAUCAUCAAUGUGUCGCAUUUUAUCGUAACGAAUGUCACGAUUGAACGAGUCAACAGGCUGAACAUCUCCGAAAAGGGCAUGACGCUGAGUAUCAUCAACAGUAGAAUACAAAACGUCGCGACAUCCUUAAACUUCGCCAACUUUCAGUUCAUCCAGAUCAUCGAUUCCAAGUUCGAGCUGCAGAAACCGGGUCUGGUAUCCAUCCAGGGCGACGAGGCAAUCGUGAAGAACAGCGUCUUCACGAACGUGAGCAUGAAUCUAGUGGCGAAGGACUCUAUAACUAUAAAUGGCAUCUGUGCAAUUGGUAAAAGUACCUUGAGACUAGCGGCCAAGUACAUCAACAGUACUGGCAAUCGGCUGCCGAACGAGAUUGCCUAUCCGAGGGACAACAAUCAGAAACCAGAAUUCUUCACGAAUCGUAAUAAUACUGUCUGCAAAGCGGGCAAUUGCAAGUGCUUGGAAAGUAACGGGCAAAUUCCAUGUCAGCUGAUUGUUCCGACGUUCAUUCUCGGUUGCUUAUUCACAUCAUUGUUAUCAAAAGGCUUCCUAUAAUUAUUUCACAAUUUGUAAACAAAUGGCAUCAUAAUUACUCAGCUUUUUAUAUAAUUUACAGAAAAAAAAUUUGUUUUAUCAAAUUCUCAAUCGAGCUACUCUUUCUAUAUUGGAUUCAAGUUUAGUUUUUGCAUCUAUUGGAAAACUAUCAAUUGGGGCAGACUACAGAAUUGAAUUUAGAUUCUUACUCCAUUGUUGCAUAUGUCUCUAAAAAGAUGAUUGGGCUUUUUUUCAUAUAAAUAAAAUGAGAAUUCCAA